AUGAGUCAUGUCAGUUCUAAAUUAUUAAGAUUUUAAAAUUGUUUUAUUGAGCGUUAUUUGUUAUUACAGCUGGUAAAUUGAAACCAUCGAAUUAUGUUAUCCAAUGACUUACCAAUGAUUGACUGUUGGGCUACUUUUUCACUAUGUUGAACUGGUCACAUUAUUUUAUCUGGGGAGUGGCCAUAGGACGGGGAUCAUCAACUAGAUUCAGCGACGCGGACGAUUUUCUUAUUCAGCGGAUGAUCAGGGGACCGGAACAUUAUUACAAAUAAUUUGUAGACUGCAAAUUGACCGCAAGAAUACUUUUGAAGAUAUUUCCAAAAUUAAUCACUUGGAGCUGAUUUGCUGGUGUUUUUACACUCUUAUGUGUGGGGGGGGGGAACCCUGCCAUAGAAACACUGAUAGUGUCAGUGCAGAAAAGGCACUUCCUGAUGCAGUGUUCACACUGGGUUACAUCCCCUGUGCAUGGGGGUCUCACGUGGCUAGUGGUUGGGAGACGUCACUAGCAGGUCUAUAUGGGAGGUGGCUUGGCGUGUAGCCUAGGGCAGAUGGGAUGUAGUCUCAAGCCCACUCGCUCUGCCCUCUGAGACAAACAUCUAAGCAACAGGCGCUUGAGCAUUAAGCCAAUGACUGGUGAGAAAAUAAACUCUUCAGACGUUAAUUUGAUGUAAUUUUGGACGCUUCCCUUGGUAUGCUAAUGUUUAUCUAGCUGUAUGGUCUUGAUUGGGUCUCUCUUACACAUUUCCCAGUUUUUGUGGUGAUUCGUCCCUAUGGUAACUCACCAGUCUUCUAUUACAUGAUAGAUCAUCAUCAGACCUUAUGUUCUUUCCUUCUUUUCUCCCUUUGUUCUCCUCCCCAGGCGAAUGGGAUAGUGAUGGACCAGUGUGGCUCCUAUCUGAAGAGGAGGAGACAUGACAGUAAGCAGUCGUCCCCAGGCUGCAGCCUGGAGUACACAGACCUGGAGGCUGCAGAGGCUCUGGUCUGCAUGAGCUCCUGGGGCCAACACCGCCCCAGCCCCUGCAAGCCCAGACCCCUUAGCCCUGCCUCAGACUCCUGCGACUCCCUCCUGCCUCCGGACCCACUGGAGCCCCCAAAGGACUUUGUUUCGCUCUCCUCCUUGGUAAGAGUGCAUCCUCUCUUGGCAACUGUAACCACCACACACCCCAAAACAGCAAUCACUAAGAAACAUCUGUGAGCCGUGUUUGAUUAGUAAAUACAGUUGGAGUCCCAGCUUUUACUUACUGUGUAAACUCCUGGGUUUUGUGGCACUUAGCAUGGAGAUAGUGUCUUUAUCGCAGGAAAACUUUGCGACGGUUUAUAGGGGUUGGAGGGGUUAGGGAGGUUGCUGCACAGGUGGCAGGUAGGAGAUAAGGAGAUUUUGAACCUCAACCCUUGCUCAUCUCUCUCAGCUGCUGGUUGUAAAAAUCGCUGUUCUACAGCCACCCAGCUCUUAAGUAGUCAUUAGUUUAGUGUAUGUGGCCACUUAUCUCUCCCAAUAGCUGCAUUGAACAUCCAUUUUGAAACUGAACACACCCAACCUAGGAUUUAUGUAUUAGUACACCACAUACAGUGGUUGUUCUACUUCCUGGGCACACACACUAAUUCUGUCUCUUUGGUUUACAGUGUAUGACUCCCCCACACAGCCCCAGCUUUUCUGAGACCUCCACCACAAUCCACACCAUCACCUCCCCUCUGAGCCGGCCCACCUCCAGUCUCUCUGUAAGGAUCUGUGGGGUCCUGCGACCGCCCAUGGCGUCCAUCUCAGAGUCCCCAACCAAUGGAAAGACCCCACCACUGCCACCCUGCAGAGCCAUGGCAACCAGUGUCAUCCGCCACACCGCAGACACAUACCUCUGCCAGAACAUUCCAGCACCUUCCACAGAGCAACACAGAGCCUCCGAGCUGGUGGUCUGUCAACAGCACACAGCAAAGGCUGAACAGAGCAUCACUCCUCCACCUCCAUCGGUCCCCUUCACACCCAACCCCGCCCUCCUCUCCUCCUGCAAGGAAGUGCCAGACAAGACUGAGAAGGAAGAGCCACAGGCUAUCUACUGUAAGGAGAGCCACUCCCACCUUCCUGCUAACACCCAACCACAAAAUAGCCUGCCCACAUGCCUCUCCCCGCCCCCCACCUCCAGCCCGCCAAUCAUCUGCCAGAUGUUCCCGGUGAGUAACCAAUCGGGGAUGAUCUCGGCGUUCAUCCAGGGCCCGAUGCAGACCUCGAGGACCCCCAAAUCCAUCCUGCCCCAGUCUGGUCCUAACAGGACACUGCAGCAGCCCUUCCUCAUGGGCCAGGCUAUGCCCCAGGGCACGGUGAUGCUGGUUCUCCCCCAGUCCCAUGUCUCUCAGGCCCCCCACUGCUCCCCACAGACUGUCAUGACCCUGGGCCACACUAAGCUGCUACCUCUGGCCCCCGCCCCGGUCUACGUGCCCACCGGACCCUGCGGCGCCACCAAGAUGGACUUCUCCCGCCGGAGGAACUAUGUGUGCAACUUCUCCGGCUGCAGGAAGACCUACUUCAAGAGCUCCCACCUUAAGGCACACCUCCGAACACACACAGGUACAAGAGAAAAGAGUGCUUCUCGUGGAUGAGUGGGAAUGAGAGGGAAAGAACGUGACAUUUAUGGGGAUGAAAUAUUAGGAUAUUGAUAUUGUAUCACGAUUUUAACUGAAGAGUAUGAGGUAAUUUAUCUGAUUCGAAGCAUGUGCGGGUUUGCUGGUGACAAAAGUAUGUUGACUUGCUCACUCACUAUCUCUCUUUGUCUCCCUCUCUCUCAGGUGAGAAGCCCUUCAGUUGCAGUUGGGAGGGCUGCGACAAGAAGUUUGCACGCUCCGACGAGCUCUCGCGCCACAGGCGGACCCACACGGGCGAGAAGAAGUUUGUGUGCCCCGUGUGCGACAGGCGCUUCAUGCGCAGCGACCACCUGACCAAACACGCCCGCCGUCACAUGACCACCAAGAAGAUCCCCUCCUGGCAGGCCGAGGUGCGCAGCCUCAACAAAAUGGCCGUUCCCAAGCCACCGCCGUCAAACCCCGCCCCACUCACCCUCAGUAUGCUGGUACCUGCCUCAAACUAG